UUAGCAAAGUCAGCUUGUGUUGCUGGCAACGUUGGGUAGGCCUUUCUCCCCUGCAUUUUAAAGCGGAAGGUUGACGAAAUGGCAAAGCGCACGAAGAAGGUAGGAAUUGUUGGGAAGUAUGGCACCAGGUAUGGUGCUUCCCUCAGGAAGAUGGCAAAGAAAAUUGAGAUCACACAGCACGCAAAAUACACCUGCACAUUCUGCGGGAAGGAAACUAUGAGGCGAACCUGUGUCGGCAUCUGGAAGUGUCGGUCCUGCCAGAAGACCGUUGCUGGUGGUGCCUAUGUUUUCAGCACGACUGCUGCAGCCACAGUCAGGAGCUCAGUGAGGCGUCUCAGAGAAACCAAGCAACAGUAAUUUGUGUACAGUGCCUCAAUAAUUAUAUCGAAAAGCC